AUGACCCAAACCCUCCAAGAGAUCCGCAACGACGUCCUCGGCCUCCCUCCCUCCCACAUCGCCCGCACCCACAACCUCAAAUCCAUGAUCAUAUGUACUCUCUCCCCCAAAAAUCAAUCACCACCACCUAACCACCUCACAGCUCAGCUCCAAGGCAUGUGUUUCCACCACGCCGAACAAUCCUCCUUCGACGUGCUACACUAUACUCAAGAUGCGCAUUUUGUCACCGUGGCUGUAGCAUGCAGAAAGGACGGUGCGAUGUUUGAGCGCUUGGCAGAGUAUAGUAGUAAGCGGAAUGUGCUAGGUGCGCUGGAGAAGAUGUGGAUUGCUUGUUUGAAGGCGAUGGGGGUUUGGAUGGAUGUUGUGGAGAGGCAUCAUGGGGAGGGGUGCAGAGGUUUUAGGGAAUUGGUGAGAUGGGCAAUCAGUUUGCUAGAAUCGGUCUUUACAGUCAGCGAGGCUAUCACUAUCGACAUUCAGAUCGAGCACAUGCAAAAGCAGAUAGCCGAGCAGAUAGGCGUGGGUAUGAAUCAUCCACACGCGUCCGGCAGGUUCGACAUCGUGCACUUCAAGAAAAAGUCCACAUACGUUUCUCAGCUAAACCACUAA